AUGGAGGAAAAACAGCUGUAUGGCGCUCUUACGGUGUAUCGUGAAAGAGGCGCUUAUUUACGUCGACUCGAACAAUUUGAGAAGGCGAAAGCUUCUUAUGAUGAAGCGUUCAAGAGUAACUCCGAGGAUGUGCGCACACUGACGGGACGAAGUCAGGUGUGUGCGGACGCCGUGCGGCCUGUACAGGCGUAUGCUGACGCAGAGCUGGCGCUCAAGUUGUCGCCCGGUAACAUGAACGCGCGCAACAUGCAAGCCCGUGCCAUGUACACAAUGUCUGACUUCGAACGCUCUGUCGUUAUGAACUUCCGAGGACUACGCCUCCGACGCCAACCACCUUACUUCAUGGAAGGUAUCAAUCAGGGAGUUGAAACUAUUCAAGAUUGCAUCGGAAUAAACGCCGGUAACGUUAUGUUAGAUUUUCUGCCACUCAUUAAACAACUAGAAGCGGCCCGUCUAGAUGAUAACGAGCCUCAAAAAGUUUUACAUGUGAACCGCAUACCCAAACAGGAACGUAAACGUAAGCUAACUCAAAUGGAGGCACGUAAGCACAGCACCUUAGCUCGCGUACUCGCUAUGAAAUAUCUCGGGCCAAUGGCUUACGAUAAAUUUUUCCUUCAAGAUUUAUAUGAUGAUCCAAGCCUUAUAUCCGCUAAUGCAAGCGGCAGUCAGGAAUUAAGAGCUCUUGUAAAGGAAGCCUUACGAUCUCUCAGUGAAAGACAAGAAAUGCUACGCGCACAGAGACCGUACUACACAAUUAAAUUAGCUGAAAAAGCUGAAUCCAAACACCAGACUAAGUACAAAGAGGCUGUUCUUAUCCGGGAACGUGAAAUCGGAGCUAAGACCGCAGAGCGCUUAUUGAAACAAAUUGAAAAGAGUAUGCGUGAACAUCGCGUUAUGGAUCUUAUUGCACAAGCGGAGCGCAUGCAAAUGUUCCUUGAUGUAAAGACGCCGAGAACACUACCGGAUAAAGAGAUUUAUACUGAUCGUUUGUAUAGAGCGGUAGGAGAAGGAUACCUCUCACAACAUCGUCUGUCUUACACACUUAGCGAGCGUGGAAAUCGCCGCCGGAUUGCAUUCCUCAUGGGCUUAUCCGUUGGCCGUCCAACUUCUUUCGAUUCUGUUAUGGCGAAUUAUCCUUACAAGUUCAUUGACAUUAAGCAAGCCACUGAGAAAGUUAUGUCAACUCUAGAAAUGUGUGAAAAUUCAACAAUGAAAUGUUGGUUAAUGUACGAACUCGCGAGACUGCUGUCAAUGCAAAAGAAUUUCGCCCUCGCAAAAUUUUAUGCAAAACGAUGCCAGAGAGAGGCUCAGGAAUUGGGAAAUAUUACUUGGUGGUUAAACGGUUGCUUCGUAUUAAUGAGCGGCGACAUGCAACAAGGCAAUGCAAACGAAGUGCGUAUAGAAGUCGAAGAGGCUUUAGAGUGGUCAAAAAAGCUGCAAGAUCCUGAGAGAGUGCAAGCUUUCCUGGUGAAAUGUGAAGAAAUGGCCUCGGAGACGGUUACUGGAGAUGACCGUAAAGCUGUCACAACACGAGAACGACAGAUCAUGGCAGUGAUGGACCCAGAGACACGUGUGGAGACACAGGUGCUGUUUAAGCGUAUGUCGACGGUACCUACCGGCCGACGGUUCUCUGUAUUGCCAAGGCGGUCGGACGCUGCUGCUGAUUCACGAUCUGAACGCAAGAAGCGUCGUCAACGCGGUCUAACUGUUGUCCCUGGACCUGAGCAAGAGCUUCCAGCAGCACCCAAGUCAGAUGUGGCCGGUUACCAGCUGUUUGAUAUAUAA